AAGUGAACUAAUGUAAUGCAGUGCGAUGCAAUGCGUGAAGUGAAGAAAUGUCACCUUGCUCAGGUUCGUCACAGUCGUCAAACAAAACGGUAGCAAACAAAAACACAGACUUUAUAAUUAUCAUGUUCUCAACAACUCUGAUUUAUUCAUGUUUAUUUGUGAGUUAUAACCUUAAAUAAGUGGUUCUUUACAAAUACUAAUUUACAAAUAAUAAAUUUACAAACAUUAAAAUAUUGUAGGUUAAAGUGCAGAUUGUGUUAAGCAAAUGUGUUGUGAGGGGUUUUAAGUGAUGUUGUGCCAAGUUAAGUAAACUUAAAGAAAUUGUUAACGGAAUGGCUGGCGAAACAACGAAUUCGGAAGUGAUUUGCAGCUGCAAAGCGUUUACAGCAGUCGUUGUGCCUGGCAGUCCGAUAAGCUGUACACGGGUCGAAAGAAAUUGUGAGAUUGGAAAUUCGAAAUUCUAAGACAGUGCACGCGUACAAGUGAAUUUUGCUAUUAGUGUUAAGUUCGCCAGAAGAAGCAGAGCAGUUUGAGCUAGUUGAGUUGUCAACUAGUUUCAGCUGCCGGAGGAAGAAAACAGGAGAAGGUCUUGGGGUGUCUUAUGGUGUAAUGCCCAUAGUGCCGGGGCGCAAUGUGCUGUUGGGAAACGCGCGCGUUUGCGCUGCGCCACUCGCUGGCGGCGUUCGUCGUUCUGCUGUUCUUCAAGAAGGCAGAUGCCGGCAUCCUUGACUCCUUGGUUUGGGCUAGAUCCGAUAAAAUUGAUGUUACUAUACCAUGGCUACCAUUUGAAAAUGAAAAUCGUUGCUAUGACGAACUGGGUUGUUUGAACAUCACACGCAGUUGGUAUCACUUGAUCCACCGGCCAUUCAAUGUGUUUCCACUGCCGAGAUCCGUCAUCAACACCCGUUUUAUUCUUUAUACAAGACUUAAUCCCACUGAGGGUCAAUUAGUGCGCGCGCAGGAUGACAAAUCAAUCAACCGCAGCAAUUUCGACCCGAAGAAGAAAACUAAGUUUAUUAUUCAUGGAUUUAUUGACACGCCAUUAUCUAAUUGGGUGGGUGACAUGCGUGAUGAAUUGAUCAAAGCCGACGACAUGAAUGUUAUUGUCGUCGAUUGGGCUGGGGGCAGUUUGCCGCUGUACACGCAAGCCACCGCCAACACCCGAUUAGUUGGUUUGGAGUUAGGAUAUUUUAUCAAUCAUAUUAUUAAAAACUACACUGUUGACCCAGCUGAUGUGCACAUCAUAGGUCAUUCUCUAGGCGCACACACAGCAGGAUACGCAGGCGCAUUGGUUAAAGGAUUGGGAAGGAUAACCGGUCUGGAUCCGGCCGAGCCGUACUUUCAAAACAUGCCGUCGCACGUCCGUCUCGAUCCGUCCGACGCCGAACUGGUUGAUGUCAUCCACACAGACGGCAAAGGAAUUUUCUUUCUUGGUUAUGGCAUGUCUCAACCAUGUGGCCAUCUUGACUUCUAUCCGAACAACGGCAAGGAACAACCUGGAUGUGAUAUAACACAGACACCAUUAGUUCCUUUGACUUUAAUUCGUGAUGGUUUAGAAGAAGCAUCGCGUGUUUUGGUAGCUUGCAAUCACGUUAGAGCGAUUAAAUUAUUUACGGAUAGUAUUAACGGUAGAUGUCCGUAUUUAGCUCACCAAUGCAAGAGUUAUCAACACUUUUUGACUGGCAAAUGUUUCACCUGCAAACCUGGCUCACAGAGUUGUGCUCUAAUGGGAUAUCACGCUGAUUCCAGUCCUGGAUUAUUGGAUAACGAAGUAUCACCUAGUACGAAACUUCAAGACGCUGUUGGGAAUAAAUAUUUCACAUCUACAGGCAGAGAAUAUCCAUAUUGUCAUCGAUUAUAUCGAGUCAGUUUGGAACUUGCAAAACCUCCGACCGCUGAAAUCUGGGUGCAGGGUUUUAUAAAAGCCAAACUGCAUUCGCCACAGGGUGUUAUCCACAUGGAUUUAACACCAUCGGGUGAUAUGAAACUCGAGCACGGUUCGACUUAUUCCAUGGUCCUUUCACAUCCUGCUGAUCUGGGCGGAAAUAUAAAGAAAGUGGAGCUCAAUUGGGAAUACGACAUGAAUGUCCUAGAACCAAGGACACUUUGUCUCUUCUGGUGUAAUGAUCAUCUGUAUGUGAAGAGCGUUGCUGUCGAGGAGAUGGAAAUGCCUGGAAGAGGGAAACGUGAUGCAAAAUUCUCAUCGAAAUUGUGCGCACGUAGCAAACGUGAUUAUGCAGACAUCGCCAACAGAGGACGUGCUGUCUUUGUCUCCGAUGGCUGUUGUCGGCAGUACAAUACUUCCAGUGAUAAGCUGAGCUAGCACUGGAAAUAUGUUUAUUGUUUGUAAAUUUUACUCGUUUCCCAGCGCGGAUGCAAAACAAAGUACGCCAGUGAUAUCCCCCUAAUUGUACACGUUAAGUAUUAUAGUUGACGCAUUUGCCAAUUAGUCUGUAAGCGUUGUGUUUAUUAGUUUUUAAAUUUGAUAUACGCAAAAUCCAUUGGAUUCAAAUUGUUUAUUUUUUCUCUUUGUAUAAAAAUUGUGCCAUAUUUGCACACCCGUUGAAACAAAAGCAUAUUUGUUAAAUAGUGCAGAGGUUUGAGUAGAUUUGUAUGAAUUUGUUUUUAGUUUGAUAUUCUUGCAAAUUCUUUUUGUUGUUAAACUGUUUUUGGUAUUAUUCGAAAUGUUUAUGUGAUAUGUAUUGGAUGUGUUAUUUUUUUAAAUAUAAAUUAUAUAGAUUUA